AUGGCGGAGAUCGCUGUAGGCUUGGUCAUAGACAAGUUGAUUCCAUUGCUGACUGAAGAAGCAUACUUGUUGAGAGGUAUUCAUAAAGAAGUUGAGAGAAUCAAGUGUGAUCUAGACUUUCUUUUGGCUUUUCUCAAGAAUGCAGAUGCAAGAAUCGAGCAGACAAAUCAAAUCAUCACCAACAAUUGUCACGGGGUUAAAGUGUGGGUGGAAAAACUUCGAAAAGCAUCAUUUGAAGUAGAAGAUGUUAUUGAUGAAUACACACAUCUCAUGGUGAAACAACGAUGUCAUCCCCAUAUAAAAAGAUUUGUUGCUUUUGUUCGCAGAAGUACUUGCUUGGUCAUAAAACUAAAAUCACGCCAUGACACAGCUUCCAAAAUAAAAGACAUUAGACAAAUGAUUCAAGAUAUAAAUCAAACAAGGGCAUCCUAUGGCUUCAAUUUCACACUACAUGAAGAAUCUACAUUCGCUUCUCGAACAAGUUCAUGGUAUGAUCCUCGAAAAAGUUCUUGUUUUCUUAGGGAAAGUGAUAUUGUGGGCAUUGAAUCUUCUAGAGAUGAAUUAAUUGAAAAGGUGGAAGAUGGAUCUCCAAGGCGCACUGUGAUCUCUUUGGUAGGGAUGGGAGGACUCGCCAAGACCACUCUAGCCCAUCAAGUGUAUGUUUGUAUGAAAAGAAGUUUUGAUUGUCAUGCUUGGAUUGAAGUUUCUCAGUCAUAUGAGAAGGUGGAACUAUUACAAAAGUUACUGAAGAAAUUCUUGGAGUCAAGAGAGGAGUCUACUCCUCAAGGAUUUGAUGCAAUGGAUGAAAGUACAUUGACUAAAAAGUUAAGAGAUUACUUACAUGGAAAAUGCUAUCUUGUGGAUUUUGAUGAUGUUUGGAAGAUAAACUUUUGGGGUGACAUACAAAAUGCUUUACCUGAUAAUGGCAACGAGAAAAGUGGAAGAGUAUUUAUCACAACAAGAUAUGUUGAAGUAGCAAAUUUUUGUAAGGUAUCAUCACUGGUUCAUAUUCAUUAUCUUCAACGUCUUGCUCCAAAGAAGAUAUGGGAACUCUUUUGCAAAAAGGCUUUUCAAGAUGAAUCUAGUGGGUGUUGUCCACUCCACUUACACAAGUUGUCACAUGAGAUUGUUGAAAGAUGUGAAGGAUUACCACUUGCUAUUGUAGUAAUAGCUGGUCUUCUUUCCACUAAAAACAACACUAUUGAAGAGUGGAGAAAAUUGCUUACAACUCUAAGUUCAGAGUUGCAUAGAAAUGAACAUCUAGAAAGCAUAACAAAAAUUCUCUCCUUGAGCUACAAUGAUCUACCGUAUUACCUUAAAUCUUGCUUCUUAUACUUGGGGUAUUUUCCUGAAGACUACUCCAUCAGAUGUGGAAGACUAAUUCGCCAAUGGAUUGCUGAAGGCUUUGUGAAAUCAAAAAAGGAUAAAACACUCGAGGUGGCUGCAGAAGAAUAUUUGGUGGAUUUGAUAAAUAGAAAUCUCAUUCAAGUAUCUGAGAAAGAUUUUGAUGGAAAAGCUAGAACAUGUCGAAUUCAUGAUCUUCUACGUGAGAUUAUCCUCAACAAGAUGGAGGAUUUGAGUUUCUGUCAAGUUUUGUCAUCGAAUGAUUCAAACCUCAAAGGAUCAUCAGCUCGACGCAUUUCAAUUGUUAAUGGCUUUUAUGAAGGUAUUAAGAGUAAUAAUGCUUCUAAAAUUUCUCAAGUGCGGUCCAUUUUUAUCUUUGAUAAAGACAAAAUGCUUAAUCAUCACAUAAGAGAAAUCACCAUAAAUUUCAAGCUCCUAAAAGUUCUUGAUUUUGAAGAUGCUACGAAUCUAAAUCACAUUUCUAAAGAUAUUGGAAGCUUAUUUCACUUGAAAUAUUUAAGUGUUCAAGGCACAAGAGUUAGGAGUUUGCCUAAGUCAAUUGGAAAGUUAGAAAAUUUAGAGACUUUGGAUUUAAAACAAUCUUUGGUGUUUGAGGUACCAGUUGAGAUCAAAAUGCUUAAAAAAUUAAGACACUUUUUAGCUUACCAUGGAAGUUUUGAUGAUUCUUUCAAUCAAUUAAAAGGAGUCAAAGUAGAUAGGGGACUUGGUCAGUUGAAAGCCUUGCAAAAGUUAUAUUUUAUUGAUGUCAAUGUUGUUAGAAUAAUUGACCUAUUCAAGGAGUUGUACAAGUUGACAGAGUUGAGAAAAUUAGGAAUCAUAAACUUAAGAAGUGAAGAUGGUAGAAGACUAUGUGAUUGUAUUCAAAACAUGAACCCACCUUGA